AUGAAGGUUAAACACCAAGGGAAUGCUAGGGUGAAGCGAGCUCAACUACAGAGGCUGAGGAAAAGUUUUAAGACACUGGAGAUGAAAAUUGGUGAGAAGGUAUCUGAUUACUUUGCCAGAGUCAUGGAGGUAACCAAUGACAUGAGAAACUGUGGAGAAAUCUUGGAAGAUGUCAAGAUUGUUGAGAAGAUACUCCGGAGCCUUACUGAAAACUUCAACUUUGUGAUUCAUGAGAGCAAAGUGACUGAGCAGUUCUUCAAGUGGAAAAUGAGCCAAGGAAUGCUAGAGGAAGAGGAAGAGGGGAUCCUCAGAGAAGAGGAAGCAGUUAUCGUGGACGAGGAAGGGGCAAAUCAUUUGUGA